AUGUCCUACUUUACGGCUCUGUUGGGGGUUGUGAUUCCCCUGCUCGGUUACAUCUUCUUGCGCCCUCUCCUCUAUCCUUCGAAGUCAAGGCUCAAUUUCCCACCAGGCCCCCCCACCAUCCCCUUUCUUGGCAACCUCCAUCAAAUCCCCCUGACCAAACCAUUCCUACAGUUUGCGGAAUGGAGCCGCAGCUACGGAUCUCAUGGGCUGGUAGGCUUGCAUCUCGGCCCUAGCAACAGAGCCGUCGUGCUCAACUCCUGGAGAUCCGUCCGCGACCUGCUGGAUCAGCGCGGUGUCACAUAUUCGUCCCGGCCCUAUGUGCCCAUCGUAGAGUACGUGGUGCCGCCGCCGGGCGACAUUCAUCUGGUCUUCAUGCCCUACGGCCCGAAAUGGCGAAAGGCACGACGGACAAUCACGGAUUUCCUGAGAGAUGAGGAAGUGGACAAGUUGGUAUCAUUACAAGACGCAGAGUCCUCACAGAUGAUGUUUGAGUUGUUAUCCAAGCCUGGGAAAUACCACGAUCACAUAUUGAGGUACUUUGGCGCCAUCAUCAUGUCGAGCGUCUUCGGCACCCGAGGCAAGGAUUUCAGCGAUACGGGCAAGAUUAAGCAAUUUUUUGCCUGUCAGGCCGAGUGGGCGGGUAUGUUGGACCAAGGAGCCGUCCCUCCUUAUGAUGUGUUCCCAUUCCUGCGCUAUGUGCCCGACGUCGCGACGCCUUGGAGAGGGUGGAAACAGCGCGCUGCAGCACUGAAGAAGAAGCAAAACGGGCUGUAUCACGAUCUUUUCGAGGACGCAAGGGAGCGCCUUCAACAAGGCAAGGGCGAAGAUAGCUUUGUGGCUGGUCUCUUGCGUAACAACGAGCGAGAAGGGUACAGCGAUGUCGAACUGGAGUACAUUGCUGGCUUUCUCAUGGAGGGAGGCUCCGAUACCACUGCUGGCGCUUUUGAAACGUUUGUUCUGGCCAUGGCUGCUCAUCCCGAGAUCCAGAAAAAGGCUCAGGCCGAGGUCGAUGCGGUGUUUGGCAAGAAUGGUGUUCAAUCUGAACAAAUCAAGGCGGAAAAUUUGCCCUAUCUGAAAGCUUGCUUUCUUGAGACUCUGAGAUGGCGUCCUGGUUUUCCGUUGGCCAUUCCACAUGCGACUACCCAGGAUGACGUGUACCAGGGCUAUAACAUACCGGCAAACACAACUAUUUUGAUGAACAUCUGGGCCAUUAGCCAUGAUCCGGACGAAUACGAAGAUCCAGACUCUUUUCAACCCGAGCGCUUCCUUGAGAAUCCCUGGGGUAUCAGGAGAAACGACGAGAAACUCCAAGAUGCAGCCGCCGACCAAUCGCGGAGAACAACCUAUGGUUUUGGAGCAGGAAGAAGAGUCUGUGCGGGUCAGCGCAUGGCUGAGAACAGCAUGCUGAUGACCAUGUCGAAAAUUCUCUGGUAUUUCAACAUCGUAUCAGGGGAGCGAGCUCCGAAUACGUCGGUGCAGACGGGAUUCAGGGAUGCGAUUCUUACCGGACCCAACGCUUUUGAUGUCAACUUUGAAGUGCGCGGCAAGGACAGGGAGGAAGUUCUCAUCAGGGAGUGGACCAAGGCUGACGCAUGGCUUCAGAGAUUCGAGUAA